AGGAGCACGUUUCUCUGCACGUUCCCGUCGUGAUGACGAACUUCAGCAACAACAAACCUCACGAGACGAACCCUGGACCUUAAAACGACUAACAGAUUUGGAAAAAAAUCACCCACGCCCUCAGCCUUCACGAGAAAAUGACCGUGAUCCUGCUCCUGCGAGGCUUGCAUGUGGAAGCAAGCACAGAAGACAUACGGUCAUUCUUCAGUUCUCUGCACAUACCUGAUGGAGGAGUUUACAUCGUUGGAGGAAGUCUGCGAGAGGCCUUUAUUGCCUUCAGCACCGAGAGAGAUGCACAGCUGGCCAUGCGUCGAACCGGAAGUGCUCUCAAAGGGUCUCCAGUGACUCUGCACAUAAGCAGCAUGGCAGAGCUGGAGCAGAAGCUCAAGUCGUUGUUAAAGAAGAAAUCACACCCAAAUUCAGCUGGUCACGUCACGACAAGCCCACGCGAAGACAGAGCUGGUGAAGUUUCAUCACCUGUCUACGAUCAGCAGGAACAGCCCAGAUCGAAUACACCAGACGUGCAGCCUAUGGAUGCCAGUACCGCUUUUUAUCUCGGCAUGUGUACGGUCCUUCAAGGUCUCCAGACAAGUGCUGCAGAGGCGAAAACGCCCGAGCAGACCUCCAACUCAAGGCCAGGCUAUGUCAGGCUGUUUGGUCUGCCAGCUUCAACGUCAAAGGUGGACAUCUGCCAUUUUUUCCAAGGACUGGCAGUACAGGAAGCCAUCGUAAAUGUGAAGUUGGGAGUUAAUCACGGUUGCCUCGUGAAGUUUGCAAAAAUGCGAGAUGCAUAUGCUGCCCUUGGCUUCAACGAACAGUCACUGGGCUCCAUCUGUGUCCAGGUACGUGGAGCAGAUGAGAAAAUGUGGAAUGGCGCUCUCCAGGAAUGUGGAAAGCGUUCUGAUUUUCAAACAAUCCAGAAACCUGACCAACACGGCGUUAAGGAGAGUGACAAGAGGGAUUCUGUUCCUGCUCAGCAGCAGCUCAAGAGAACUCCAAAGAGGUUUCAGCUGAAGCCAUCAAAGAGACCAGAGCUGGAUGCUUCUAGGACUUCAUCUAAAGAUUACAUAGUUAUGGUGAAAAAUCUUCCAGAAAACAUGACAAAGACGGACAUAAAACAACUGUUUGGAUGUCCGAACAUUCCACAUAGAAACGUGCUCCAUUUGCUCGACCACAGCAGCAACAGAACGGAUCAGGCUUUCGUCAUCUUUAACUGCCACGAGGAUUUUGAGUAUGCCAUCAACCUCUCAGGUUGCCACGUGGGCUCUGGUGCCAUUGAAGUCCUGUCAGUCACUAGACCAGUCAUGAAUGAAAUGCUCUUCAAAAGCCAUCGAAGGAUUUGGAGUUCCCGUCUUAGAGAUCCUAGAAAAUGCAGACAGAGACCUGAAACCAACAAAGAGCUCAGCCCACACUUGGACCAGACCUCUCAAGUGUGCAUCUUUGUUAGGAACAUGCCAGCAGAUGUUCCGAGGAAUAAAAUCAAGAGCCUAUUCCGCCAGUUUGAGGUGAAGAAAAACAUCGUUCAACUACAUGACCGCGAUGGUAACGGUACCGGUGAAGCCGUGGUUACGUUUCCUUCAGAACAGCUAGCUGCUCAGGCUCUGAAGAUCCACGGAAGACCGUUCCUGGGGAGUCAAGUUCUUCUUACCCUCAUAAAUGUCAAGCAAAAGCAGGACAUCCUGGCCAAAGCUUGAGGAAUGUUGUUGACUCGUGCAGUUGCUUUGGACAUUUGAAGAAAAUAGCUUUUGCAAGAAAAUGUGAAUAAUUUUCUACGUGUCACAUUAAAAGACAUUUUAAAACUGUG